CUGCACUAUUAGCUUCUGAAUUGGUACCUUUAAUAACUAGUACUUCAACUAUAAUCUCUUAUAUUCACACACACACACACACAGAAAAUUAGCCAAGAACAUUAACAUGGCUGAUGAUCAGCUUCACGUUGUGAUGUUUCCCUUCUUUGCAUUUGGUCAUGUUAGCCCUUUCAUACAACUUUCCAACAAGCUUUCCUCCCAUGGAGUUCGCAUCUCUUUCUUCACCAUCCCUGGUUUCAUUCCUCGAAUCCAAAACCUACUCAUUCCAUCUCCAACCACCCAAAUCGUCCCUCUCCAACUCCCACCAUCUCUAGGAUUCCCUCCAAACAUCGCCGGAACUUUCGAUUUUCCAUCAUCCGUAUCCCCCAAGUUCGUUGUGGCCAUUGAUCUCAUCCAACCUCAAGUAAAAGCCCUUCUUUCUGAGCUCAAACCGGAUUUUGUACUCCUUGACUUCGCUCAAAACUGGCUUCCCUCUCUAGCUUCUGAGCUCGGCAUCAAGACAAUGUUAUUCUCAGUAUUCUCCGGCAUUGCCAACGCGUACCUCCUCGCCCCCGGUCGGCUUACCGGGAUAGAAGGGCCCCCGAGUGUUGACGACCUUAGAAGACCUCCACAAGGGUUCCCCAAGAGGUUUGGGCGUAACAACGUUAACGUCGCUGAUUCCUCAAGUGAUCUGAUAAAAACAUUUGAAGCUCAGAACAUUUUAUUCGUGUACAAGAGCAAGAUCAGUGAGAAUGCAAGUAUUUAUGAUAGAUUUCAAGGAGGCUUGAGUGGUUCAACUGCUGUCGUUAUAAAGUCUUGUUUUGAAAUGGAAGGUCCAUAUCUAGAUUUCAUGAAAUCUCAGCUAAACAAACCUUUCAUCGUAACCGGUCCCCUCGUCCCCCAGCCACCAUCUGAAAAACUUGACGCAAAAUGGGAUAAAUGGUUGGCUCAGUUUCCAUCGAAAUCGGUCAUCUUUUGCUCUUUUGGAAGCGAAGCGGUUCUCAACCAAGAACAAAUAAGAGAAGUAGCUCUAGGGUUGGAGCUUACAGGUUUGCCAUUUUUAUUGGUGUUGCAUUUUCCGGCAAAAGUCAACGCCAAGACCGAGCUGGAACACGCAUUACCAAUAGGCUUUUUCGAAAGAACAAAGGAUAUGGGUAUUGUUCAUGUAGGGUGGGUCCCACAACAACUUAUCUUAAGACAUAACAGCGUUGGUUGCUAUCUUUGUCACGCAGGGUUUAGCUCUUUGAUAGAAGGUCUUGUGAAUGAUUGUCAAUUGGUGCUUUUGCCUUUACAAGGUGACCAAUUUUUUAACUCUAUGCUCAUGUGUGAGAAUGGGAUUAUGAAGGCUGGGAUUGAGGUGAACAGGAGAGACCGAGAUGGGUAUUUUGGGAAAGAAGACAUUUUUGCAGCUGUGCAAACGAUUAUGACUGAGAUUGAAAAGGAACCCGGCAAGUCAAUACGAUCGAACCAAAAGAAGUGGCAUAAGUUUUUGCAAGAAAAAGAUGUCCAAGAGAAAUAUAUCUCGGAUAUGAUUUCCGAAAUGAAAAAGAUCUUGGUUGAUAAUCCUUUUGUUGAUUGA